GUACGUGAUGCACACCUAGGGGUGCCACCCUCCAGUUGAUCGUGGGAGGGGACCCAGGCACAGAGAGCCUAAGUGAUUCGCCCAAGGUCACACAGUGAGCGGGUGGCGAUGUGUGUGGGGUGCCCUUCAGCCAAUGCGCCUGGCGUCAUCACAGGCCUCCUCUGGUUAAGACAGUGGGAGGGCAUCCCCAGCCUGACACGAAAUGUGGCUUUUUGUCAUCCCAGCCUCCCAGUCGCUGGUGUAGGCGGGCCUAGGGCUCCAAGUCUUGGCGCGUGACGACACAGACUGAGCCCGAGUCAGUAACACCCGGCACCCCCCACCCCCAACCCCGGCUCUUGAAUGGCUCAGAGACAGGGCCCUGACCGAAGUCACGCAGCUGCUAAGUUUAGGAGCCGGGAUUCGAACCCUGCGGUAUGGGUUUCAGUGACCACAGGCCGGAGAUCAGAGACCACUGGCUCGGGAGUGACCACGUGCGGCCUUGGAUAGCAGUAGCUGAUGUGCAAUUUGGCCCCAUGAGAUUUCAUCCAGAUCAACUCCAGGUACUUUUAGUGUUUACCAAAGAAGAUAACCAGUGUAAUGGAUUCUGCAGGGCAUGUGAAAAAGCAGGGUUUAUGUGUACAGUUACCAAGGAGGCUCAGACUGCCCUCGCCUGUUUCCUGGACAAACACCAUGACAUCAUCAUCAUAGACCACAGAAAUUCCCGACAUCUGGAUGCUGAGGCACUGUGCAGGUCUAUCAGAUCAUCAAAACUCUCAGAAAACACCGUUAUUAUUGGUGUAGUACGCAGGGUGGAUAGAGAAGAGUCAUGUGUAAUGUCCCUCAUUGCUGCUGGCUUCACAAGGAGGUAUAUAGAAAACCCCAGCCCCAUGGCCUGUUACAAUGAACUGCUCCAGCUGGAGUUUGGAGAGGUGCGCUCACAGCUGAAACUCAGGGCUUGUAACUCAAUGUUUGCUGCAUUAGAGAAAAGUCAAGAAGCAAUUGAAAUUACAAGUGAAGACCACAUUAUCCAGUAUGCAAAUCCAGCGUUCGAAACAACAAUGGGCUAUCAGUCAGGCGAGUUAAUAGGGAAGGAGAUAGCAGAAGUGCCUAUAAAUGAAAAAAAGGCUGAUUUGCUCGAUACUAUAAAUUCAUGCAAGGAAUGGCAAGGAAUUUACUCUGUCAGGAAGAAAAAUGGAGAUAACGUACAACAAAAUGUGAAGAUAAUACCUGUCAUUGGACAGGGAGGAAAAAUUAGACACUAUGUGUCCAUUAUCAGAGUGUGCAAUGGCAACAAUAAGGCGGAGAAGAUAGCUGAAAGUGUUCAGACUGACAGUUACACAGAUAAUCAGUCAGGCAAACAUAAAGACAGGAGAAAAAGCUCCCUAGAUGUCAAAACUGUUGCCUCUCGAACAAAUGAAGUUUCCAGCCAGAGACGACACUCUUCCAUGGCCCGGAUUCAUUCCAUGACGAUCGAGGCGCCCAUCACCAAGGUCAUCAAUAUCAUCAAUGCUGCCCAGGAAAGCAGUCCCAUGCCUGUGACAGAAGCCUUAGACCGCGUGCUGGAAAUUCUAAGAACCACUGAAUUAUAUUCACCCCAGUUCGGUGCUAAGGACGAUGAUCCUCACGCCAACGACCUCGUCGGGGGCUUGGUGUCUGAUGGUUUGCGAAGAUUAUCUGGAAAUGAAUAUGUUCUUUCAACAAAAAACCUUCAGCAGGUUCCCAGCAGCAUCAUCGUCCCCGUCUCCCUUCACGAUGUCCCAUCACAGAUAACUCGGGCCAUGGAAAAGGAGGAAUACUGGGACUUCAAUAUUUUUGAACUGGAGGCUGCCACUCAUAAAAGGCCUUUGAUUUACCUUGGUCUCAAAGUGUUCGCUCGCUUCGGAGUCUGUGAAUUCUUAAAAUGCCCAGAGGUGACACUGAGAUCCUGGUUACAGAUGAUUGAAGCCAAUUAUCACGCUUCCAACCCCUACCACAACUCCACACACUCUGCUGAUGUGCUGCAUGCCACUGCCUACUUUCUGUGCAAAGAGAGGAUCAAGCAAACUUUAGACCCACUUGAUGAGGUCGCUGCGCUCAUCGCAGCCACUAUCCACGAUGUGGACCACCCCGGGAGGACCAACUCCUUCCUGUGCAAUGCCGGGAGCGAGCUGGCCAUUCUGUACAACGACAUGGCUGUGCUGGAGCACCACCAUGCGGCCUUGGCCUUCCAGCUGACCACCAGCGAUGAUAAAUGCAACAUCUUUAAAAACAUGGAGAGGAAUGACUACCAGACGCUGCGCCAGGGUAUCAUCGACAUGGUCUUAGCCACAGAAAUGACAAAGCACUUUGAGCACGUCAACAAAUUUGUCAACAUCAUCAACAAGCCCUUGGUAGCAUUAGAAGAAGAUGGGGAAACUGAUAAAGAUCAAGAAGCCAUAAACACCAUGCUCAGGACUCCAGAGAACCGGACUCUGAUCAAACGGAUGCUGAUCAAGUGUGCUGACGUGUCCAACCCCUGCCGGCCCCUGGAGCAGUGCAUCGAGUGGGCCGCACGCAUCUCAGAAGAGUAUUUCUCUCAGACAGACGAAGAGAAGCAACGGGACUUGCCUGUGGUGAUGCCAGUUUUUGACAGAAAUACCUGCAGCAUCCCCAAAUCCCAGAUCUCCUUCAUCGACUACUUCAUCACAGACAUGUUUGACGCCUGGGACGCCUUUGUAGACCUGCCCGAGUUAAUGCACCAUCUCGACAACAACUUUAAAUACUGGAAAGGACUGGACGACAUGAAGCUGCGGAGCCUGCGCCCGCCCCCCGAAUAGCGCGGUACCCCGUGGUCACCGGGGACUCCUGAGGGCGGCCAGCGUUCCUUUCAGUAUUAGCCAAUCAGCCCCCUGACGCACAGAGCCUGCGAGAGCACCCAGGGUCACCUUCCUGAACCACCUGAUGCCAUUGCCGUAGAGUGAGGCUUCCUUCACUCACUGCGCCAGCCUGCUACCAGGGCUCCGCAGAGAGUCUCAGAGAACACGGCUUGCAUCAGCAUCCGUCUGUCCAAACCUGAGCUCGGGAGGCCCAGCCAAGGACGCUAACGGAGUUUCUGCCGGUGACAGAGAAUGUCUUGUUGCAGUUGCUCUCGAUUAUGUUCAGCACUUAGGAACAGCUAAUGGCAAUCGGAUCUUUUCCACAUCAUAGAAGGUGCAAUCACUCACUUUGGAACACUACUGAAAGUGACUUCUCUUUUAAAAUUAAAUGGCAAAUGAAAAAGACAAAUUCUGAAGUUGAUUAUUAAUAUCAAUUAUUAAAAAUGUUUUAUUUAUUUUAUUAGAAGUUCACUAUUUUCUAUGAAUUUAAAAAUACUUCAAAGCCAAAGCCAACUUUAGAUACCAUGACCAAAUUUACAUGAUUCAUAGUCAUUAAAAAUACGCAUCACUUGGUGUAUAGACUUAUUUUCAUAAUGCAAAUGUAAAAUAAAUGAUACAUUUUUACUGCACUAUAGAAAUAUUUGUGUAUGUUACGUGUACCCCAGUGUUCAUCAUAGCACUGUUUAUAAUAGCCAGGACAUGGAAUCAACCUAGAUGUCCAUCAACAGACAAAUGGAUAAGAAAGCUGUGGUACAUAUACACAAUGGAAUAUUACUCAGCCAUUAAAAAGAAUACAUUUGAAUCAGUUCUAACGAGGUGGAUGAAACUGGAGCCUAUUAUACAGAGUGAAGUAAGCCAGAAAGAAAAACCACCAAUACUGUAUACUAACACAUACAUAUGGAAUUUAGAAAGAUGGUAACGAUAACCCUAUAUGCAAGAUAGCAAAAGAGACAGAUGCAUAGAACAGUCUUUUGGACUCUGUGGGAGAAGGCAAGGGUGGGAUGAUAUGGGAGAAUGGCAUUGAAACAUGUAUAUUAUCAUAUAUGAAACAGAUCACCAGAACAGGUUCAUAUGAAACAGAUUGCCAGUCCAGGUUCAAAGCGUGAGACAGGGUGCUCGGGGCUGGUGCACUGGGACAACCCUGAGGGAUGGGAUGGGGAGGGAGGUGGGAGGGGGGUUCAGGAUGGGGAACACAUGUACACCCAUGGCGGAUUCAUAUUAAUUUAUGGCAAAAACCACUACAAUAUUGUAAAGUAAUUAGCCUCCAACUAAAAUAAAUUUUUAAAAAAUAAGUAAAAAAAUUUUUUUAAUGCAAAAAAAAAAAAGAAUUAUUUGUGUAUGUUAGGCUUUUUUGAUUGAUGUUAAUUGGGAAAACUGUUUUGAAAUCCAAAAAGGCACAAUGGCUGUCUGAGGAGGCCUUACAAAUAGUUGAGAAGAGAAGAGAAAAGUGAAAGGCAAAGCAGAAAGGGAAAGAUACACCCAUCUGAAUGCAGAGUUCCAAGGAGAGAUAAGAAAGCCUUCCUAAGUGAACAGUGCAAAGAAAUAGAGAAAAACAGUAAAAGGGAAAAGACUAGAAAUCUUUUCAAGAAAAUUAGAGAUAACAAGGAACAUUUCAUGCAAAGAUCAGCAUAAUAAAGGACAGAGAUGGAAUGGACCUAACAGAAAAAGAGUAA